AGAAAAUUCAUCGUUUUCACAUCGUGCAACGGGAGUUUGCAGCUGCUCCGUCUCAAACGACAUCGUUCAUAUCCUAAAAAUAAAAAUCCAAAGCUCACGCCUUUUCUUCGUCUGGCUUCUGCAACUAAAAUUCACUGCAUUUUAGGAUGCUCUACACGCCUGCACUUCUCCUACUGUUUAAGUUAUUUCUGACCGUCGAUUUUGUAGAAAUCAAAGACCACAAUCACGCUCUUACCGAUUGGUUGGGAUGGGUUUUGCAGACGAUACAUUGCAGACAGAGUCAACAAGGGUUAUAUCAGGAAGAUUGCCAAUGGAAAAUGGUCAUACUGAUUCUCAUGGCAGUCCUCCCAAGUAUAAGCGGCGCAGAGUUUCAGCUAUUAGGGAUUUCCCCGUUGGAUGUGGACCUUCUAGAAUUAUAGCACCUAUGAAGAUGCCUUCACCUGGAGCUCCAGACACUCUGAGCACUCCAGGUGAUGUCGUGCCAAAAAUUUCUUGUAAUGGGGAUAUUGCUACUCCAGUGGAAAAUAUGGUCCCACGAAAUUAUCCUCCUCGGAGGAGAGUUUCAGCUGUCCGAGACUUUCCACCAUUUUGUGGAAGAAAUGCUGCACGCAUUCAGGAGAAUGCAAAUGUGCUUGCUUCUACAGAGAACAAGAACUUGAUUCUAGAGAAGUCAAGAAAUGAAGAAGAGUUGAUGAGGUGCAUGGAGAAUACUGCUGUGAAACCAAUGGGAGAUAAUGUUCAAAAAGGAGACGCUGACAAGCACCACUUGGAGAGGCAUGUUUCUAGUUUCUCUGAAGUUCAAGCUGAAUCUGCAGGACCAUCCACUAAAUAUACGAGGAAUCAAGAUGAGUUUGGAGCUUCUUCUGGGAAUGAGUUGAAGGUGAUCCAAGAGGGCUUCCUAGAACAAAGCAGCAAAUCUCCAGAGGAAAGCAUACAGCAUCAGUACAACUUGAAAUCUGAGGUAGUCCUUGAAUCAGGCAAGGGGACUAUUGAAGGUUUGGAGAAUAAUGAUAGUUUGGAGAUUGCAUUUGACAGGAUACUUGUGUUGGGUCUUAUGGCUCCAGGAAAUGGUCCUUGGUCACUGGGAUUUAAAGCCCAUAAACCUAGUGACAUGGCUGGUAGUGCCAAUGAAAGUAAUCGGAAAAGAAAUGAUAUUAUGCUGCAAGAACAACCCAAAGCUUCUGUUCGGACAAAGGAGAAUGAUACAAAGAACGUUGGAGAAACUGAUAUGAAAGUGAAUAAGAAGAGGAUGGUUAAGAAGAAGAGUUCAUUUCCUAGCCCUAAGGCUCAUGAAGGUAUAGGAACAGAUGUAUGGGAUACUGAAGAAAAUCUUGAGCAUGAUAUGGAAUCUAAUAAUUUUCUAUUGGUCAGAAGAUCACAGAAUAUUGAUGUGACCCUUCCUCCUUCCUGCCCCAGCAAUUCUAUUGGCAAAGGUGAUGGCAAUGAUGCAUCUGUCACCAGAAACAAAGUUAGGGAAACCUUGCGUUUGUUCCAGGUUGUCUAUAGGAAACUUGUUAAGGAAGAUGAGGCAAAGCAGAAGCACAUUAAGAGGCCUGAUUGUGUAGCAGCAUCUGUUCUUAAAAGCAAAGGAAAAUAUGUCAACACAAACAAAAUGAUCGGCUCAGUUCCAGGCGUUGAAGUUGGUGAUGAGUUUCAAUACCGGGUGGAGCUUAAUAUUAUUGGUCUUCAUCGCCCAACUCAGGGAGGUAUAGAUUAUAUGAAGGAAGGUGGACUUAUCCUUGCUACCAGUAUUGUAGCAUCCGGUGGCUAUGAUGACAAUAUGGAUGAUUCAGAUGUAUUGAUAUACACAGGUUCAGGGGGGAACAUGAUGAACGGAGGAGAUAAGGAACCUGAAGACCAGAAGCUUGAACGAGGUAAUCUUGCUUUGAAGAAUAGUAUGGAUGCAAAGAAUCCUGUAAGGGUCAUCCGUGGUGAUACAAGAGCAUCUGAAUCAUCCAGUGCAAGAACUAGGACAUAUAUCUACGACGGGUUAUAUUUGGUGGAGAAGUGUUGGCAGGAUUUGGGACCAUAUGGUAAACUAGUCUUUAAGUUUAGAUUGGUUCGAAUUCCAGGACAACCAGAGCUUGCUUGGAAAGUGGUGAAGAAGUCCAAAAAAUUUAAAGUACGAGAUGGUCUCUGUGAGGAUGAUAUCUCAAAAGGAAAAGAAAAAAUUCCCAUUUGUGCUGUAAACACCAUAGAUGAUGAGAAACCUCCACCAUUUGAAUACAUUACUCAUGUGAUAUAUCCUGAUUGGUGCCGCCCUAUUCCUCCCAGGGGUUGUAAUUGCACUAAUGGAUGCUCUGAGACUGCGGAAUGUUCUUGUGUGGCAAAGAAUGGAGGAGAGAUCCCAUUUAACCAUAACGGGGCUAUUGUUGAAGCAAAACCUCUGGUGUAUGAGUGUGGCCCUUCUUGCAAGUGUCCUCCUUCUUGUUACAACAGAGUCACCCAGCAUGGUAUUAAGAUUCACCUUGAAAUUUUUAAAACAGAAUCAAGGGGUUGGGGUGUGAGAUCUUUAAAUUCAAUCCCUUCAGGAAGUUUUAUCUGUGAGUACGUAGGGGAGCUUCUUGAAGAGAAGGAAGCUGAGCAAAGAGCUGGUAAUGAUGAGUAUUUAUUUGAUAUUGGAAAUAACUCUAGUGACCUAUGGGAUGGACUUUCGAACCUCAUAUCUGAGACCCAUUCAAGUUCUUGUGAGGUUGUGGAGGAGAGUUGCUUCACCAUUGAUGCAGCAAAGUAUGGCAAUGUUGGGAGAUUCGUCAACCAUAGCUGUUCACCUAAUCUCUAUGCGCAAAAUGUUCUCUAUGAUCAUGAGGACAAGAGAGUUCCUCACAUAAUGCUGUUUGCUGCUGAAAAUAUUCCUCCCUUGCAAGAGCUAACUUACCAUUACAACUAUACAAUAGAUGAGGUUUUUGACUCUGAUGGCAAUAUUAAGAAGAAGAGUUGCUACUGUGGUUCUUCUGAGUGCACUGGGAGAAUGUAUUGAGGCUGUUUAGUAAGAGAUGGAUUUCGAAGCAGCAGUAUUAUACUUUAUCAAAAUAAGUUGCUUGCUUUAUUAAUUACAGAAACAAGUAUAUGUCCAUAUAAUUAUGCAUGCUCAGCUAUUUGUCCGUA